AGAUCAAGACACAUAUACAACAAGUUUUAAACAUAGCUGCCCUGCUAAUAUAAUAUUCUCCAUAUAUCCAGUUGAAUACACAAUUGACAACAGAACACUUUUCUCUGACUUGGAACUCAAAGUAAUGGAACCAGAAGAAUCUCAAGAACUGGAAAAAUCUAAGAGUCCCAACUCCUUAAAGAAGAAGAGUACUGAAAAUGGUAAAAGGUUUACUGAUGAACAAGUGAAGUUGCUUGAGUCCAUGUUUAGACUAGAGACAAAGCUUGAGCCAAGAAAGAAGCUGCAGUUGGCAAGAGAUCUUGGGCUGCAGCCGCGUCAAGUAGCUAUUUGGUUUCAGAAUAAAAGGGCCAGAUGGAAAUCAAAGCAAUUAGAGCACGAAUAUAUAGUACUCAAAGCAAAAUUUGACAAUUUAAACAUGCAAUUUCAAUCCUUGAAGACUGAAAAGGAGAGACUGCUCAUUCAGUUGGAGAUAUUAAAUGAUCAGCUAGAAAACAAUCUUGCUAGAGGCAGCAGAAGCGAAGAUUUGAAAGACAAUGAAUUGUACACAAGCACAGAAAAUGGAGGAACAGACUUAGAGUUGAAAGAUAGUCCAGGUUGCUCAAAUGCAAGAUUCGACCACAAGAGGGUAAAGGAAGAUCAGGAUGAUGAUACAGCAGAAGAAACAGAUAAAUACUUCACUCCCAAAGAAGAAGCAGAAUUUUUAAACCUGGAGGAAUUAGGAGACAAUUCCUUAGAACAGUGGUGUGUUGGCUUAGGUAGCAGCUUCAACCAAUCAUGUGACAAUUCCGAGUUGUGGGACUUCUAAGCUUCACAAUUGUACAGAACUUUCCUAAAAGAGCUCCCUUUUCACCAUUAAUAGAGUCAGUGUAGUAGGAGAAUAGAAGGAGGAAUCUAUAUCCCAUCUUUCCGUUUUAUUCUUUUCAAUUUUGCCCAAGAAUCAGAAUUUAGCUUGAUAAAAAAAUUUCUCGUCUUUGAGAAUUGAGAGUAGUAGCACAAACAGCAGAGGCUUUGAUUGUGAA